AUGGCGGGCCUCAAGGAGUUGGUGUCAUUUGAAGACGUCGCUGUGGACUUCACCUGGCAAGAGUGGCAGCACCUGGAUGCUGUUCAGCAAAACCUCUACAGAGAUGUGAUGCUGGAGAACUACACCAGCCUGAUGUCCUUGGGUGAAUUAAACUCCUGCAUCUGUGUGACCAAACCAGAUUUGAUAUUAAAGUUGGAGCAUGGAUUUGCACCAUGGAGUGGAAUAGAAGGCUCAGUUCAGAGGAUUCCAGAAUUAAAAAGUCAACAGAAAAUGCAGUGGACAAAUAUUGAUGAUUUAAAGCAAUAUCAGAAUGCUGUUUAUCACAGCUUCCAUCACACUUCUCAUCAAGGAAGAAACACAGGUGAGAAGCUGUAUGAAAGUGGGACAACCUUGAAAUCCAAGUUACAUCUCACUGUGCAUCAGAAAACUCACACAGUUCAGAAACCUUAUGAAUGUAAUGAAUGUGGAAAAGCUUACAUCACCAAAUCACAUCUUACUGUGCAUUAUCGAACACACACAGGUGAUAAGCCAUAUAAAUGUAGUGAAUAUUGGAAAGCUUUUAUCACCAGGCCACAACUCACUAAGCAUCAGAGAACUCACACAGGUGAGAAGCCAUAUGAAUGUACUGAAUGUGGGAAAGCCUUCAUCUCCAAAUCAAAUCUCAUUACACAUCCGAAAAUUCACACAGGUGAGAAGCCAUAUGAAUGUACUGAAUGUGGAAAAGCCUUUGUCUCUAAGUCAAAACUCAAUAAGCAUCGGAGAACUCACACAGGUGAAAAGCCAUACAAAUGUACUGAAUGUGGGAAAGCUUUCAUGUCCAUAUCAAAUCUCACCAUACAUCGGAGAAUUCACACAGGUGAAAAGCCAUAUGAAUGUACUGAAUGUGGGAAAGCUCUCAUCUCCAAGUCACAUCUCUCUUAUCAUAGGAGAGCUCACACAGGUGAGAAGCCAUACAAAUGUACUAAAUGUGGGAAAGGCUUCAUCCUCAAGUCAAAUCUCAUGAAGCAUCAGAGAAUCCACACAGGUGAGAAGCCAUAUGAAUGUAUUGAAUGUGGGAAAGCCUUCACCUGCAACUCACAGCUCACUAUACAUAAGCGAACUCACACAGGUGAGAAGCCAUAUCAAUGUUAUGAAUGUGGUAGAGCUUACCUUAUAAAGUCAGAUCUUAAGAAACAUCAGAGAACUCAUACAGGUGAGAAACCAUAUGAAUGUACUAAAUGUGGUAAGUGUUUUAUCGCCAAGACACAUCUCACUCUGCAUCAAAGAACUCAUACAGGUGAGAAACCAUAUGAAUGUACUAAAUGUGGUAAGCGCUUUACCUCCAAGACACAUCUCACUCUGCAUCAAAGGACUCACACACGUGAAAAGCCAUAUGAGCGUACUGAAUGUGGGAGAGCUUGUCUUACCAAGUCAGAUCUUAAUAAUCAUCGGAGAAUUCAUACAGUUCAGAAGCCAUACGAAUGUAAUGAAUGUGGGAAAACUUUUGUUACUAAGACAAACUUUAAUAAACAUCAGAGAACACACAGAUGAGAAUCUAUGAAUAUACUGUGUGGAAAAACUUUCAUCUUCAAAUCACAGCUCACUAUGCAUUGGAGAGCUCACAUAGCAAAUAAACCAUGUGAAUAUAAUAAAUGUGGAAAUACAUUCCUCUCCUGGGGAUUAUUGAUGUAAUGUGAGAAAGUUUUCUGCCAGAAGUCACAACUCAGUGUGCGUCUUAGGUGAAAAGCCACAUGAAUAUACUAAAGUGAGAAAGCUUUUUUACUGAAGUCAUAAGUCACAAAUUAUAAGAGCUCACAAAGAUUAAAAGCCAGUUGAGUAUAAUAAAUUUGAGAAAGGUUUCUUGUGGAAUUCUACGUCAGAGAAUACACAUAGGAGAGAGAUAUCAUAUGAAUGUAAAUGUGGAAAUACAUUCAUGUCCCAGUCAUAGGUCACUGUGCAUCAGCAAAUUCACACAAGUUGGGCACUAUAUAAAUGUAAUAAAUGUGUAAAAGCUGUUGUUCACAACCUACUAUGUAUGAGACAAUUCAUACAACUUAGAACUCAUAUGAACAUAAUGAAUGUUGAAAACCUGCAGAUAAUAUUCAUGAAUCUGAAAAAAGAUACAAUUUAUUCUUUUUAAGUCAUAGUCUAGUGAAUUUCUGAAAACAUGUAGAUUUUCUUCUUUUGUAAUUGGUUU